CUGGGGCGGAAGCGGAAGGGGCGGGGCUCCGCGAGCGGACUCUCUAUCCCUUGUGGGUCCCUGUUCAGCGCCCGGCCGUGUGGAGAGCCGGGAGCCAAUCUGGGCCUCCGAGGCGAAGAUGGUGGACUACAGCGUUUGGGAUCACAUCGAGGUGUCGGACGAUGAGGACGAGACGCACCCCAACAUCGACACGGCCAGCCUCUUCCGCUGGCGGCACCAGGCCCGAGUGGAGCGCAUGGAGCAGUUUCAGAAGGAGAAGGAGGAACUGGAUCGAGGCUGCCGUGAAUGCAAGCGCAAGGUAGCUGAGUGCCAGCGCAAGCUGAGGGAGCUGGAAGUGGCUGAGGGCAGUGGCCAGGUGGAGCUAGAGCGGCUGCGAGCCGAGGCGCAGCAGCUGCGUAAGGAGGAGCGGAGCUGGGAGCAGAAGCUGGAGGACAUGCGCAAGAAGGAGAAGAACAUGCCCUGGAAUGUGGACACCCUCAGCAAAGAUGGCUUCAGCAAGAGCAUGGUCAAUACCAAGCCUGAGAAGGCAGAGGAAGACUCGGAGGAGGCAAGAGAGCAGAAGCACAAGACCUUCGUUGAAAAGUACGAGAAACAGAUCAAACAUUUCGGCAUGCUCCACCGCUGGGACGACAGCCAGAAGUACCUGUCGGACAAUGUCCACCUGGUGUGCGAGGAGACAGCCAACUACCUGGUUAUCUGGUGCAUUGACCUGGAAGUGGAGGAGAAGUGCGCGCUGAUGGAGCAGGUGGCCCACCAGACCAUGGUGAUGCAGUUUAUUCUGGAGCUGGCCAAGAGUCUGAAGGUCGACCCCCGGGCCUGCUUCCGGCAGUUUUUCACCAAGAUCAAGACCGCAGACCACCAGUACAUGGAGGGCUUCAAGUAUGAACUGGAGGCCUUUAAGGAGCGUGUUCGGGGCCGCGCCAAGCUGCGUAUAGAGAAGGCCAUGAAGGAGUAUGAGGAGGAGGAGCGCAAGAAGCGGCUGGGCCCUGGUGGCCUGGACCCUGUGGAGGUCUACGAGUCCCUGCCAGAGGAGCUGCAGAAGUGCUUUGACGUGAAGGAUGUGCAGAUGCUGCAGGACGCCAUCAGCAAGAUGGAUCCCACUGAUGCCAAGUACCACAUGCAGCGUUGCAUCGAUUCUGGCCUCUGGGUCCCCAACUCCAAGUCUGGUGAGGCCAAGGAGGGGGAGGAGGCGGGCCCCGGGGACCCAUUGCUGGAAGCCGUCCCCAAAGCGGGCAACGAGAAAGACAUCAGUGCGUGACCUGCCCCAGCCACUGCCACCGGCCUGCAGGCCUCUGUGGGCCUUCUUCUUCAGAAAAGGAAACCUAGACACCACGUUCCUAGCUCCUGACUCCUUCUGCUGCCCUUCACAUCCCAGCCCACGGCUUGCCCCAUGUCCCUUCUCCCCCAGCCUGUCCCCAGCACUCAUCACACUUCCUGCUUCGGGUUGAGGGGCUCUACUGUCUGCAGCCCCUCCCCGCCAAUCAGCGUUAUGCCAAAGUCCUGGGGGUCUGGGGAGGGCAGCAGUUGCCAGGUCGGUCCACUGGGUUGGGGAUACACGUGUCCCCAGAUGGGCAGGGUCUGUCCCUAUGGGUCUGUGGUCACUGUUUUUCUUCUGUCUAGCUUUCUGUCCUGCAACUGGCAACAAUGUCUAAUAAACAGUUCCAGGUGCUGGA